GGAAAUAACCUAUGUAGUCAUGUGACGUAAACAGAAGUUCACAUACGAAUAAAUCAAUGCCUGUAAUUGUACAAAACAAAAUAUGAUUUAAACUGAAAGAGACUUAAAGAAUUAUUCUAAAUUCUUUUGCUUGCUUGGAUGUUCAGAUUUCACAGAAAAAUAGUAAAGUACAUUAAUUGACAAGUGAUGAGGCAAAAUGAUUUUUCUCCUAAUACUGAUUAUUGGAACGGCGACUGGAUAUGACUUAAAAUGUCCAGCCAAAGCUGAAUGGAGAUUAAGAGCACACGUUUCGUGUUAUUCGGAGGACAAAUAUGUAUGUUUGUUCAACUUACUGGAAGAGAAAUAUAUGGAAAAUUGUUUAGGUUCAGAUCAAAGUAGCAUAGGAAGUAAGCUAGUGUUCCAACCGUUGUUUAAUCUAGCAGAAUGUAAUGCCGAAAGAUUUCAGCCUUUUGUGUUCACCACCCAUGGACACAGUGAAUGUAUCUUCCGUAAAUCAAAAUGUGUUGAAGAGGGACAGGUAAUAUUCAACAAUGGUUCUUCUAGCAACGAUGUUGCUUGUCGAUGUGACUACACAAAGGGGUAUGCGUUUGUAACAAGACCAAAGAACAUUUGUUUCUGUAUACCAUUUGAGGAAGAUUGCUCUUGUUUAAGAGUUACAUGUACAAAACUAUCCUCAGAUUAUCAAUGCAUCACUAAUGAGGAGAUACUGGUGAAUGCAACAUGCCAGGAAAUACUUCCAUCCAUAUCACACAACACAGUUAAUAAUACAGUGCAGUUAAUCGAAAGUAACAGAAAAAGUUACACCAAUGCACACCACGUUGCAUAUAUCAUCAUUGUUAUUAUAGCUGUUUAUCUUGUCAUUGCUGUUAUAGUGUUGUUAAAGUUCUGUGUCUUUGUGCCACCACGAAUACUGCUACAAGAAAUGAUUAAAAGUGACGGGAGAAAUAUUGGACUGAAAUGUUAUGUUAAUUCACAUUUACCACUAACGUCUGUGAGAUGGUGUAGAGAACCUGGAGGCAGUAUUUUUACGGAUAUAAAGUCUUACAACGGAUUUAGCCGUAACGGACUUAGAAUAUUGACCCAUGAAACUCGCGAGAAAGACGACUUUGCAACAUACAAAUGCAUAGCUAGUAACAAAAUUGGCACCGUGGAAAGCGACCCAGUACAACUUAACGUUGCAAAUGACAUAUCCCUACAAAAAGAUGGAAAUGAAACGCCAGAUGAAGAAAGACAGAAGUUUAUACAAGAACUAUUUCUAAAAGGGGAAUGUGGAAAACUUCAUUUUGCAAGACUUGUUUUUGUUGGAAAAAACGGAGUAGGAAAAACCAGUUUAAUGCGAAGAUUACUUUGGAAGGAGAAGGAAGAUGUUACUUUAACACAAAGUACAGACGGAAUAGAAGUUGAGAAAUGCAAUAUAAAUAUUGCUAAUGGGAAAUGGAGCCCAUGUAAUAAGAUAGACGAUGAUCUAACCAGAUUGAUUCAUCAAGUGUAUAAAGAUAAGAUUCUUAACGUAGAACGCGCCACUGCAGAAACCGUUAUUGAUCAGGAACCUUUUAGUUCAGACACAGAUGAAUCAAAAAGUGUAUCAGACAAAGAACUUUCUAAAAGUUCCGAUGAUAGUGAUUACAUAGAUGACUUAAACGACGAUACUGACAGCGAUAGUACUGAAAGUGAUGACACCGCACGGAAAGGUAUCAUAAGACCAGACAUUCAUUCAGUUAUCUCCGACAAUAAAGACAAUUAUGUAACAGUUGAGGUUGAUUUAAAAUUGGAAAAUGUGAAUGACAGAAAAAUUAACAGCUACCCAAGUGGAAAUCUGUCUGACCCUGUCAACGAUGAAAAUAUAAACGAAAUGACCUCUACAAUUAUGAAAUCAUACCUUGAAUCUACGAAAGAGGAACAGGAUGAUAUGUUAGCGUUUUGCUGGUUGUGGGAUUUUGCUGGCCAGAAGGAUUUUUAUGCCACACACCAAGUCUUUUUGUCGAAAUGUGCAGUGUAUUUGCUUGUUACAGAUAGUUUAGAAUUCAGCACUGUUGAGAACCAAGGGCUAGAUUUUGAAGGCUCGGCACAGUAUGUCAGUUUCUGGUUUGACGCCAUUCAUUGCUACUGGUCGACUACAGAGAAAGGCAGACUGGACCCUCCAAUCAUUGUUGUAUGUACAAACGAAGAUCAAAUUAAGGAACCUUUAGAGCGAGAAAAACGACAAAGACAAUUUAAAGACAAUUUAGGACAAGUUCUGAAAGACCAGAAAAAGAAAGAACACUUGAGAAACAUUUAUUUUAUUUCUAAUACUGAGGAUAAUGAUAGUGUGUUUGAAGAGAUUAGAAAAGAAAUUUCACGUCAAGUUAUGGAUAUGCAAGAUUGGGGGAAAAACUGUCCGUUAAAAUGGCUUUUGUUUCAACAAGUCUUAUUAAAGUUGAAAGACAGCAAUGUACCGAUUUCAUCAAUUAAAACAUUGCUAAAAGUAGCAAAACAUGAAGACAUUGGUAUCAGCGAAGAAAAUGAAGUCAAACGAUGCUUGCAAUUCUGUAAUGACAAUGGAACAGUUAUCUACUUUGAUGAAGAAAACUUAGCAGAUCAUGUUAUUUUGGACCCUAAAUGGUUGAUUAAUGCCUUUAGAUGUCUUGUUAGUGAUAAAAUUAAUAAUGUAAUCGAAGUUUCAGAUGACUGGCAAAAACUGAAAGACACUGGGCAACUAACAGAUUCACUUAUAUCUCGCCUGUUCAAGAAAGAACCAAAAUUGAAAUUUGAAGACAACAAAGCACAUUUAAUUGAAGUAAUGAAACGAUUUGAUAUUAUUGUGAACUUGAAAGAUUCAACUGAAUUAUACAUGCCAUGCAUGAUAAAGUCAUGUUCUUUCUCCGAAGUUCAAAAUCAGUUUUAUGACGGAAGUCCAUCAUUUUAUAAAACUAGUUGGUUAUGUUUAGAAUUUAAGUUUCUUCCUCCAGCCUUUUUCAAUCACAUUAUUGCAUGGUAUAUAAAGCAAUACAAUGUGAGUGUUAUAAUCGAUAAAGAAAAUCGAAGCAGAAGAAAUGCAUUAUAUCGCCAGGUUGGUGUAUUUGAUUUGGAUGCGUCUUGUUGUGAACAACUCGUGGUUUGCGAAGGAACUAAUACCAUAGCGCUUCAGGUAUGGGAUUCACGAAUGUCAAAUAAGACUUACGGAGAUUUGGCAUCAGCGUUAUUUCGAUUCGUUAAAACACUACGAACGCGCUACAGUCUACACAUAUCAUAUACAACAACAUUCACAUGUAAAGAUGGAGAUUUUACAAUUAAUCGAAAAACAAUUGAAGAUUUAGUCACUAAAGUUUACCGGUGCGCAGAACAUAGAAUAAAUCACACAUCGGACGAUUUAGUAAAGCCUUGGAAAUUUAGUAGAAAAUUAGAAUUUCAGAGAGCAUUAAAGUAAGUAGUUAUUCAGUUUUAAUAUCCUUUUGUUGUCAUUAAUUAUAGUUCUGAAACUGAGUAUA